AUGGACUUGCCAGAGUUCCUCGCGAUGCUGGAGGGCCGGGAUGCCACCGACCGGGUGGCUGCCCUGGAGUCCGCCAGGCAGAGUGUGUUUGAGGCGACGGAGGAUGAAGCCAAUGCUCUGUUCCACAAAGUCAUCUUGAUGCUCAAAGAUCCGGUUUGGGAUGUCCAGCGAGCUGCAAUCCAAGUGCUCUCCGAGCUGAGUGGGCGAUUCGACCUCGACGCCCUGCACUGCUUGAACCGACAGCUCUUUCACCCUGAUCCUAAACUAAGGAUGAUGAGUGCCUGUGUCCUGACGCAUGUGGAUAAUUCUGUGGAUGAUGCGGAAGACUACUACCAAGUCUACCAUGAUCGGUGGACAGCAGAAGCUGCUUUAAGCCGUCAAGGCCAACUGCUGGAGUUUCUCCAUGCAAGCUUCAAGGCAGACAGGGAGCUUGUCCUGACAGUCGUGAAGCAGGACGGGCACUCCUUGAAGUACGCGAACCCGCACCUGCAGGACGACGACGAGAUCGUGCUCGCCGCAGUCGCCCAGAGUGGAAGGGCGGUCCAGUUUGCCAGCCAGCAGGUCAUUGCCAGACACUUGGGCCUCCGCGAAUUGCGCGGGGGACGAGGCCUCUGCUUGUUUGGUGACUACUUGGUGUUGGAGGUCAUCGGCCACGGCGUCUGCGGCAACGUUGCAAAGGCCCAGCACCUGAGAACCAAGAAGGUCGUGGCCAUUAAGAAGAUGUCGUAUGACCGCGAGGUGUGGGUCGAUGGCAUCCCGGCACCAGUUGUGAGGGAAAUGACGCUGCUGCGCAAGUGCAGGCAUCAGAACGUGGUGAAGUUGCUCGACGUGAAUUUGGACUGCAAAGACGCGCGAGUGUUUAUGAUCUUCGAGCUUCUUCCGACGGACCUUCGCAAGGUGCUCUCAGUGUGGAAGCAGACGUCCCAAUUGUUGCCAUUUGAGCAAGUGAGAGACUUCUCCGAGAACAUCCUAAGUGGCCUGUUUGAAUGCCACACCAGGCAAAUUCUUCACCGCGACCUGAAGCCUGAGAACAUUCUCCUUGGCAAUGAUGGCGUCCUGAAGAUAGCAGACUUCGGCCUGUCGCGCUUGCAAGGGCAUCACUUGUUGACCAACUUGACACAGGAAGUGGUGACGCUUUGGUACAGGAGUCCAGAACUCCUCCUUGGCGCAAAAGCCUAUGGAUUUGAGGUGGAUUGCUGGUCGGCAGGCUGCGUGAUCGCGGAGAUGUGCACCGGCAGCCCGUUGUUCGCAGGAGAGACUGAAGCUGCAGCUUUGCUGAAGAUCUUUCAGCUGCUGGGCAUACCGUCACAAACGAAUUGGCCGCAGGGCACGCAGCUCCACCAGUUCGUCGAGAGGUUCCCGGCAUGGUCAGCGACAGGACUGAAAAACGUCCUCGAGGUGCGGCCAGAGCUCCAGGAAGACAAAGGUGAUGAGCUGCUCAGUGGUUUGCUUCACUUGCAACCUGACCAGCGUCUUUCAUCAAGGAGGGCACGCUGUCAUCAGUUCUGCAGGCCAUGUCCCGAGUGCAGUGACGACGAUCGGCUUGCUCCGAAAUGA